AUGUUUGAGAGUUGGAAGAAUGUUCCAGCAGAUACAAAAACAAAGUUUUAUGAAUCAAAGAUAAAGCGCCAUUUUCUUGUGGAUGAUGGGCGUGACAAAGAUUUUGUACUUGCUUCUGCUGCAAGGAAAUGGAAGGAUGCUCGACAUACAUUGUUUCACGAAUUUUAUAGAUGGGAUCUCCCUUUGGAGGAAAAUAUUCAAAAUUAUCCAAAAUGCAGAGGCAUUCCUGAAAAUGACUGGGUUGUUUAUGUUCAAUAUAGGCGGAAAGAAAAAACACAGAAAAUAUCCCAAAAAAAUUCCCAAAAUAGAGCAAAAUUGAAGGCUCCGCAUACACUCGGAUCUAAGUCGCUUGCAAGGAAGAAACAUGAGUUGGAAAUGAGAGAUGGACGAACAUACAGCAGAGGAGAAAUGUAUGCAGUUUCUCAUAAAAAGCCUAACGGGUCAUUUAUCAAUGAAGAUGCAUACAACAAUAAUAAAAAAUUACAAGCUGCAAUUAAGGAUUCUGUGUCUGAAAAUGAGGCAUUUCAGAAAGUAUUUGGAAAAGAAAAGCAUGGAUAUGUUCGUAGUAUGGGACUUGGAGUUACACCAUCUCAAAUUAAUAGAUCUACGAGAUCGACAUCUUCUUCUGCAGAAAGUGAACAAAUAAAGGAAAUGCAAGAAGAAAUUAAUGCACUUAAAGAAAAGAAUUCAAAAAUUGAUGAAUUAACACAGGCAAUCAUAUUCUUAACGCAAAGGGACAAGGCGAGGACAAAGGAAAUUGAACUCUUAAUGCAAAUGCAGAAUUUUAGUGGAAGACAGGGAUUGGAAUCACCCGCUGAUGGUAGACGUUCAUCUGAGUCUAGCUACCGUAUUGGAGAUAAUGGAACUUCAGGGGGGACAAAUUAG